AUGGCUUCUCCAGUCCUCCAACCGCCUGUCCCCUUCGCUGACUUUGAGUUCUCCUUCGAUCCAACUCUCUCAAAUCUCUUCCCAAAUCCACCACCUCUACCCUCGUCUGCAGAACUCUUCUCCCAGACAGAAACCAGCGACCUCCUCGGUUUUCUCGACACUUUUGGUGAUCUUUCCUGGGACCUCAAUUCGACAGACUUUAUCGCACCAGAGCCGGCUCCAUGCAGUCCUCAGUCCUAUGCGCCCUACUCGAAUCCACAUCUAAACUCAACACCAGACCCAUCGACCUCGACGCGGCCGAGGCCUUCGACGCGUUCUGGAGGGGCGACGAGAGGUUCCUACGUCUCUCCACCACCACCUCACGACCAACAACCAUUCGCGUUUGAUCAGUCUCCUCCAGCGUCUGCUGGAGUCGAAGCAACGCCCACCCAGCAAUCGCAACAACCGUCUCAACAACAGGCGCAAUCUGGGCAGCAACAGCAGCAGCGUGCAUCGUCCGUAACCCGGACGUCCAAGGCACUCCUCUCGACUCCUCAAAAACGUCUCAACCACAUCAUGUCCGAGCAAAAGCGCCGCAACGCCAUUCGAGAUGGUUAUGCACAGCUGAUCGCAUUGCUUGCACCGGCUGGAUCAGCUCCUGGCAUUGGGAUGCCAACGCGUGGUCGUCCAAAAGGGAGCGGCUCCCGGGGAAAGGGCCAGAGCAAGGGCAAGAGUGGGGUCCUCUUCCGCGCUGUCGAGUACUGCAAAUGGCUCGAAGAGGGUCGCGAUUCCCUACGAGAAGAGGUCAUCCGCGUAGAGGCCGCCGCAGGAAUCGUCCAGGCAUCAUAG